CAAACAAUUAACAAAAAACCGUAGCUCUAUAAAAAGCGCGAAGUUAGAACCCUAACGAGCCUCCAGCAUUGUUGCGCUCAUUUCCCUCCUCUCAGAUUAACAGGCCCUCGAAGAAGAAGAUAAAAUGAAGGUUAUAGCUGCAUAUUUGCUCGCUGUUUUGGCAGGGAACACCAGCCCUUCAGCUGAUGAUUUGAAGGACAUUCUUGGAUCCGUUGGAGCUGAAGCUGAUGAUGAUAAGAUCGAGCUGCUCUUGUCCGAAGUCAAGGGUAAAGAUAUUACUGAACUAAUUGCAUCUGGAAGAGAGAAAUUGGCAUCCGUGCCUUCUGGUGGUGGUGGUGCUGUUGCAUUUGCAGCAACAGGUGGUGGCGGUGGUGCUGCUGCUCCUGCUUCUGCUGCAGCGGAGCCAAAGAAAGAGGAAAAAGUGGAAGAGAAAGAGGAGUCAGAUGAUGUAAGUAUUCUAAAAGUGACUGUCAUUCAACUCUUCUGGCCAUUCAUAAUUCCAAGAACCUCAAUGCCAUCAAAUUCUUUUUAAAGUACGUGUGGCUGC